AGAGAACAGCGGCAUUUUUUUCGUUGCAUUCCGAAGAUAAUAGCAUUACAAUAUCCUUAUAUUGAGGAAUAAAAGCCGGCUCGUGAAAAUUAGAGUGUCUGAGGCAUUUAUAUUAUAGAAGCAACAACGGAAAAUUCGGAAUGGAAACGACGGAGGAGAACGAGCACGAUGUGCUAAAAAAAGUUUUAACGAACGAGGAAUUGGCGCAAAUACCGCAAGAAAUCUGCAGGAAACUCACUACUUAUUUUACCGAACAUUUUGAAGAAUAUUUAACUGCCAAAGCGGUCUUUCAACAUGGACGUCAAAGUCUCGAACAAAAAGUCGAAAAACUUCAAAAAGAAAAUGCAGAACAAAAACUUGAUCUGGACGAAUGCAAAGGAAAACUGGAACUUGCUGAAAGCUUUAGCUGUGAAUUACAAACUCGACUUGACGAAGCAAAGAAUGAAAUAUAUAAAUUACAAGAAUCUGUUAAGAGAUUGAGCAAAGAAAACUCGGAAUUCAGAAGACAGAGAGAUGCCGCAGUUGACGAAAGGGACACUUUACAGAUGCAAGCAGAAAGACGUGACAAUGAUGUGGAGAGAAUGCGCACAGAGCUUGCCUCACUGGGUAGUCAGUUGCAGGCAGCUGUGACGGCAAAAUGUCAGGCCCUUGCAAAAAUUGAGGAAAUUCAAAGCCGCGAAAUAACAGUCGAUUUUAAGGAAAAACGUUUCGAGCAAGAACGCACUCUCCUUUCGCAACAAAUAGCAAGUUUGGAAGAAGAAUUAUCUAAACGAACAUCAGAGUUACAAACGACACGUGCGGAAUCAUCGGCUCGUGCCCUUCUAACGAAUACGCGUUUGCAGCAACGAGACGAAGAGUUGCGAAUCGCGAACGAAGCGGUAUCACAGUUGCGUGAAGCAAUCGGCAAUUCACAGCGUCGCUCGGAUGAAUUGGCGCAAAAACUAGAGGAGCAACGAAGUCACGAACUUUCGAUGCACUCUUCGUACCGCGAGGAGGUUGGAGCACAAACGAGAUUAGCGGAUUUGUACAAGGGAAUGGCCGACGAGGCGAACGCGAAAGCUGAAGAAUUCAGCGAGGCUGUCAAAGAAUUGCAAUCGUUGUUGGAACAAGCGACCGAGCAGUAUGGCACUUUGGAAACGGAGUAUGGACAACUUAAGCAACAGCACGACGAAACAAUCGCUGAGAAUACGGAAAAAAUCAGAGAACUCGAAAAAGAAUUGGAACGGGCUAACGAAUUAUUGAAAAAUAUAAAGCAAGAACGAUUGGACCAAGCGGUUGAACAAUUGGCACCCACGGCAGCGAUUGCCAGUCGCGUACUGAAGAAAGGACUGAGCUUGACUCAAAUUUACACACAAUUGGUUGAUGCAACGAACGAGCUUGCGCUUGAGAGAGAAGAAAACGAACGUAUGAAAUCGCAGAUGGACGUCAUACUCCGGGAGCUGGAGGAAAAAGCACCGGCUGUGCAACAACAAAGAGAGGCACUCGAAUUGACGCUCGAAAAUAUCGCAACGCUGGAGAAUCAAUUAGAAGAAAUAAAUGCUGAGAACAAUCGUCUUCGCGAAACGGCUGAAGAGUCUGAUCGCAUGGCGAAACAUCAUACCAGAGAAAAUAUGCGUUUGAAGAGCGAGCUGGCUGAUCUUGCGAGACAAGUUUGCUUCCUUUUGAAAGAAUUGCAGGACAGUCGUGGCUCUGGUACAAUCAACACGAGCGGUGACUUUUCAACUUCAAUGGAAACGGACCUCUCCUCGUCCCAAAUAAUCAGCAAGAAACUCGUGACUUUCCGCGACAUUGAAGAAUUGCAAGAAAACAAUCAAAAACUUUUGUCAAUCGUGAGAACGCUCUCGUCGCGACAGGAAGAAAUUGAACGAGCCACCCACGAGAUCAACACCGGAGAAAUGAAGGAAAAACUUGACCUCUAUCUUGAACAACUCGCGGAUAUGCAAGCUGCGAUGGAUCGACAGACGAAAAUGGUCGACGGUCUGGUCAGACAACGCGACAUGUACAAAAACAUGUAUCAGCAAUCAUUGAAGCAAAGCAACGCUCCGGCACCCAAGGAAAAUUCCGAGUCGAUUGAAAAGGAAGAAACUCGUCCGAGCAACGAUGAGGAAUCGACCGAGGUAAAUAAAUCUGUCAAAGUAUCAACUGAGGAGAAAGAAAUGAUAGCCAAGUUGGAGAAAAAAGCAGUGGAAUUCGAGAUAAAAUGGAAGCAAGUAAGCGACGAGUAUGAGACUUACAAAAAAGAAAAAGCCGCUCACGAGCGCAUGAUCAGUGAGGAAGUUGACAGACUCCGUAAAGAGGCCGAAACAAAUUCAACUCGGUGCUGUCGGCUGAAAGCACAAUUGGACACUGCUAACGAACGCUUCGGUCUUUUACAAGCGAACGUUGCUUCCUACAAAUCGCAGAUUAAAACGCUCGAAGAAAAAUGUUCGAACUACAACACUACAAUUGGCAAACACGAACAGAGCUUGAUGAUUCUCAAAGACGAAGCAAUGUCAGCUCAAAGUCUUUUGUCACGAGCCGAGGUUAAGGUGGAAAAUCUGCGACAAGAACGUCAAUUGUUACGAGACUCCGAAAGCCGGUUGAUGAAAGAACGGGAAGUGCUUCAUCGUGAGAGACAAACUCAGGCGAUGCUCAGAGCCGAUGUCGAGUCUAUCAAAGCCAGUCUUGAACGUUCGCAAGCUGAAGGCCAAUUAAGAGCUGAACAACGCUUGGACGAUGCCACUCGCGAGUGCGCUGCUUUACGUCGUCGUCUCCAGGAAGAACAAGAUCGUUUCAGAGAACUGUCUUCUCACUUGGAACGUCAACUUACCCUCGCACAGGAACGUCUCAAGGAAGAACAUGAUUUGGCUGAACGUACGUGCAAUGAACUUGAAGAAGCCCGCAACGCGAAGGCUGAACUCGAAAGGAAGGCUGAAGAACUCGAGGCUAAAUUACGCGAGUCUGCUGCUAAUUCACGAGCCAAACCGAUCACAGGUGACGAGAAUCUCGCAAAGAGAUUGAAAGAAUUGGAAAUCCAGUUGGCGAACAGCAACGCAACGGUGCGAUCGUUAUCGGAACAGUUGAAGGCCUCGAGACAACAAAGUCAGCAAUAUUGCGACAUAGCCGAGAGUACGGAAGCCCAACUGCGAGAAUUGACUACUCAGCAUGAACAGACGAAACGGGAAUUGCAAACAACAUUGGAAUCCUCCCGCGAGGAAGCUGCCAACUUGGCCAAACGUGUCAAAGAACUAGAAGCCGAAUUGGUGAAAGCACAAAGCGGCCUUCAGGAAACGGACGCAGAAUUGCGCGAAAAAUUGAUCGCUGCCGAAGCCAAACUCGAAGAACUCGACGAAGUUAAAGGCGAACUCGAACUCAUUAAGAGUGAUCUGCAAAGCGCUUCACAGGCUGCCAAAGAAGCUGAGGAAAAAUAUGCCAGGGAGAUGGUUCUUCAUUCUGCUGAUUUGCAGACUCUUGCGAAGCUGAAGGAGGAAUCGCAGUCGGUGCAGCAAACUGUGGCCCAACUUAGUCAAGAGAAGUCGUCGGCGAUUGAAGCUCUGGAAAUGGCGAAGGCAACGUGGCAAGAGCGAGAAAAACGUUUGACGAGUGAAAUCGAAGAGGUGCAAAAGCGAGUAGACGAUCUUGACGCGCAGAACGCGUUGCUCCAUAACCAAAUUCAAGAAUUGAGUGAUCGCGCUGCGAUAAUGCAGAGCAAUCGUUCGUCGAUGGGUGGUCAGGAGAAUCUUGAUGUGAGUAUGGAACAGAUGAACCGUAGUUUCACUGGCCUCGAGGAAGAUUCUAAAUCAGCGGAACAACUGCUCAAGAUUAUAAAGUAUUUGAGACGCGAGAAGGAUUUGAUUGUUGCGAAAUUCGACGUACUCCGCGCGGAGAAUUUGCGAUUGAAAUCGCAGUGCGAAGUUGCGGAGAAACGUUUGAAAGAAACGGAAGCAAUGCUCAACGAUCAAAGAGAACAAUCUGAAAUCGACGUCGUAACGACCUCGAAACAUGCCGAAAUAUUGCGAAAGGUUGAGACCCUCAAUGCAAUCACGGAUUCGAACAGAGUGUUGAGAGAGGAACGCGAUGCUUUAGCAGCGAAAUUGGCAGAUCUUGAAGCGAAGGUAAACGUUUUUUCGGCCGAAGUGAUUCCUCUCCGGAAGAAAACUCGGGAUCUUACUGCAAAGUUGGAAGUUCUGACACAAGAGAACACGAGCAUAAAGGCGGACGUUGCGAGAUGGAGACAGAGAGCGAAUACUCUCGUGGAGAGAGCGAACAAAGCGAGCCCUGACGACUGGCGCAGACUGCAGACCGAGCGCGAAAAUCUCAGCAAAUUGCUCACUUCGGAACGCGAGACUCACGCUAAGCGUACGGAAGAAUUUAACGUUGUCAAAAUUGAAAAAUCCAGAAUGGAAGAACAACUGACGGCAUCUCAGAGACAAAUACAAGCGCAAACCGAGCAAAUUGCUAAAUUGUCGGAAGAAACGCGUAAACUCAGUUCAGAUCUGAACGAAUCGAUUGCCGAUUCGACCACCAAAUUGAAGGAUAUUGCGACGCUGAAGAAAGAACUGGCCGACAAAGAAGCCAUUUUGACAGACGUUAAGAACAAGGAGAUACAAAUACGUAAAAUCGCGAAGAAGUACAAAACGCAGUACGAGGAAUUGGCGAAGACGGUGGAGGAAGAAAAAACAAAGCUCGAAGAGUCCCAAGCAAUGGGAAGUACGAGCACAUCGGCGGAAGAGGCAGCGCAAUCUAAUCAAGAACGCGACAAUCAGUUGCGCGAGGAAGGCCGUUUGGAGUUGCGUCAAGCGAACGAAGAGCUUACCGCAAGAAUCGAAGAGUUGAACCGUCAAAUAGAAAGAGCACAAAGCGAGGCGGAUACGUUGAGAGCAGAGAUCGAAACGAUGAAACAAUCAGGUUUGGAGAAGGAAGAGCGCACGAAACAUUUGUUGAAAGGCGCACGAACGAAGAUCGUGCAAUUAGCGGAAGCCAAGAAAAAAUGUGACAGAGAAUUAGCAGAAUUGAAGGUGAAAAUAGAUUUCAACAAUGCGGAUCAGGACAGUAACGAAGCUGAUGCAAGAUUGGCUGCUCUUAAAUCUCAAAUGGAAGGAAGAAUAUCACGUUUGGAACACGAGAAAGCUGAAGCACACGCCGAAAAAGAAGCUAUGCUGCAACGAUACUCCCAGCUUCAAAGACAAUUAGCAGUUGGCGCUGGCAGCGUAGGUGCUACCAGUGAACCACCAACAGCCAACAUAAAACCGAUGUCCGCACGCGCAGAAACACCCCUCGCCAGCAUACGACCGAUGAGCGUGACUCCUCAAUCGCGAACCGCCGCUGUAUUGCCAACGACGGCGAGUAUUCCUGUUCUCGUGAAUCCUCAACAGCAGCAGCAGCAGCAGCAACAACAACAACAACAACAACAACAACAACAACAACAACAACAACAGCAACAACAGCAGCAGCAGCAACAACAACAACAGGUCGUCCACACGACAGAAACCAGUUCACCGACUAGCAGUCAUACAGAUUAUCAACCAGCGAGUACCAGCAGUACCGCAGUUUCCCAAACAGCACCGAGCAAUUUGCGACAACUCGCUGUUCAACCACAAUUAAGCGAAUCGGCGGAAUCUACCCAGCGAGAAGAGUCCGAAAACGUCGAAAGCAUCAGCGUCCCACAGGCGCAACAAGUCCAGCAGCAACAAGCCCAGCAACAACAACCGCAACAACAAUCGAGCUGCCAAAAUGCCCAGCAACAACAAGCGCAGCAACAGCAGCAGCAGCAGCAACAACAACAGCAACAACAACAGCAGCAACAGCAACAGCAGAUCCAACCUCAACCACAACAACACCAAGAUCAACAACCGCAAACCGUCGCCCUUGUCAGCCCUCGCGUCGAACAACAGAAUCAACAACAGCAGCAACAGCCCAUUCAACAACAACAAUCAAUCGCCACCAGCGAUCAACAACAAACUGUUGCCAGCAGCUCUACUCAGUCUGUGAGCACUUCUCAAACCUCCACUGGACACAAACGUCCCAGAUCACUCGAACCGACUGCUUCAGGCUCAGCUGACAACGAAACUCCCGAACACAGUAGAGAAGGACACGAGCCCAGCCCUAAUGCAAAACGUAGCAGAACUCAAGAAUUGGCCAGCACCGCUGCUACCACCAGCGGUUCUGACGUCGAGUAUCAAGUGCCAACUUCGAGCCAACGCGAUCAAGAUGAAGAAGUAGAAGACGGUUGUGUCGUAGUGGUCGAUUGUGACGAGGGCGAAGGUGGCAGUCAUCAUCAAGUACAAGAAGAAGAAGAAUUCGAUAACGAAGCUUACGAGGAAAUGGAAGAGGACGAGGAGGAAGAAGAAGAAGAGGAAGAGGAGGAAGAACUCCCUUAUGGCGUCGAAGUUGAAGUCGAAACUGACAACAACGAGGUAGAGAUAAUAAUGGAGGACGAUCCACGAAGCGUCGAAGUACCAAGACAACAGCAACAGGCUAUCCCGAUUAGCCAACCGCAGCAACAACAAUCCGAAGCCAUCAGCAGUGCUGGACCGACCGGAGAACCGAGUUCAGCUUUUGCUACGAGAUCGACGCGUGGGAUUGCUCCUAUGCCUCGACAACAGCAACAUUUGCUUUUACCCCAACAAGGAUAUGAAGACGGUGGCGAUGACAGUAUCGUGCCGAGUACACCGACCCUAUUCGUGCCACGUCGUGGUGAUGGAUUUGGCGAAGCUGUGAGUUCACCACAAGUACCCCAAGGACGUUUCACAUUCGGUGAUGCAGCUGCACCCACUGCUGCUUCUUCGACCCCGUCUCUCGCGACUCCAACGGGACCGACCGCGAGAACAAUGUUCGGUUCUUCGGGUUCUGGUCUGGCCCAAGUUGUGCAAGAAGGCAUGGACGAUACGCGCAUGGAUUUGACUCAACUCGAAGAUGGUGGUACUGGACGAAGUGUUCCUACGACUCCUCUGCAAGUUUCACCAGCCGCCGAUUUGCCACCUUCGACGAGUGGCGGAGUUUCGGAAGAACAGGAAACUCCCGUUUCCGGUACAGCGGCCGCGGUCACAACUGGAUCGUCUUCCAACGAUCCUAGUGGACAAUUGUCCAGUAUUCCGAGUAUACGCGUUACAGCCGACGGUCAAGAACACACUCACAUGGAAGCCGUACCCGGAUCGAGCACACUAACUCCAAACGACGGUGUUAGUUCUGAAAGUGAUCAGCAAACUGCUGAGGCUGGAGCAUCAGCGACAGGAGUCGUCGAUGACGAUUCGAUUGACACCGGUGUCGAUGAAGAGGAUGUUGAGGAGGAAGGACGCGAAGCUGAGGCUUCUCCAUCGAGCAAUACUCGACAAAGAUCCAUAAGAGCCGCGGCUGCUGCUGCAGCAGCGGCUACAGCUUCUGGAAGUCCUGCGGUUCGUGGUACGGGGUUGAGACGAGCAGCUCGCGGUGCUUUUAGGGUCGCUCGGGGCUCUAGGCCAACCCCUAUUGUUUGGGACAGUCAAGGUGGCCGUGGUCAAGGACAAGCGCGUGGACAAGCGACACGAGGCACACCGAACGAGGGUACGAGAGGACGCGGAGUUCGUGCAAGAGCUCGCAACAUGCGAUUGAAAUACAAUUACAAUCCGCGAUAUUGAACUUAAAAAUGGAGAGGCGUCGAUAAAAUUUCAUCAAGAAUCAUCGUGAAAAACUUUAUUUAAAUGGCAAAGCAUGUGACAGUGAUCGUCACGUGACGGAAAAAUAUAACGAAGACCAUCGAACCAUUUAGUGAUUCCGUAUAUCAAUGAGAAAUUUGAAGAUUUUAUCAUUGAUGACGGAUGCAAAUAUGAAUAUGAUAUACUUGGUGUUUUUUGCUGAAUGAUACAUCAGUUACGUAGAAACUUUUUUCCAAACAUUCGAAUAACGAGUGACUCUCAUUCCGUUCCGCAGUAAAUGCCGUCAAAUGAUUUCUUCAAAUAUUUUUAUUCCAUAUGCUGACUUUCAAUUUCUUCUUUUCUUCAUUUAACUUUUUUUAUCAAUAUUUGUCGAUGGUUUGUUUCAACUUUUCUACAAUUCCUACAAAUAAUAUGUUUCAUUUGUACAAUUUCAGUCAAUAACCGUAAACAUAAAGGAGCGAUAGGAAUGUGUAAUCCAUAAAUUCAUCGCUUAUUCGCUAUGAAGAUUCUUCCAAGAGACUCAAUCUCGUGAUUAACGAAUCGAACGAACUCUCUUUCAAUGCUGCGAUUCCAUUUAGUUUAUAAUAAACAAACGAAAGAUGCGUUUAAGACAAAUAACUAUUUCAGUAUGUGAAAUAACUGGACAUCGUCAUCAUUAAUGAAUAAAUAAUUAUUAAAAAGUGAAUGUAUAUAAUUUGACGAUAAACUUUGUAUCGCACAAGAA